CCCUACCUCAUCCUCGUCCAAGCACGCGCGCCCAUUUCUUCCUGCUUCGUCGCUUCAACUGUACCUACUGCACUGCCGCCCGUACCCAUAGCUUAGCGCGCCGUGCGCGCGAGCACGAUGAUGUGCAUGCGCGGCCAUGUCGUCGCCGUCGCCUUGGCGGUUGCCGGCCUGCUGACGACCCUCGAGCUCGCGGCUGGCAUACCGUGGGAGGCAUGCGGCAACGCAACUGCUAACUACACGGCCAACAGCAGAUACCAGCACAACCUCGGCCUGGUGGCCGCGGCCCUACCCACCAACGUCUCCACGUCCCCUGCCCUCUUCGCCACCGCCGUGAACGGCGACGCGCCGGACAAGGUGUACGCCAUCGGGGUAUGCCGCGGCGAUCAGAACGCCUCCGCCUGCCAAGACUGCAUCGCCGCCACCUUCAGGGACGCGCAGAAGCUCUGCCCCUACAACAGGGGCGCCGCCAUCUUCUACGACAUCUGCCUCGUCGGCUUCUCCGACAGGGACCUGCUCGUCGCGCGCACCAACUCCGACGACCAGGAGGUGCAGCUCUACAACGCCCAGAACGUCACCUCCGACGUCAGCCAGUUCAACGCAACCGUCUACAAGCUCCUCGGCUCCAUGGCCGAGUACGUCGAAACCAUAAACUCGGCGAGGAAGUUCGCCACCGGGACCAUCGGCUUCGACGAUACCUACCCCAAUAUCUACAGCAUGGUGUGGUGCACGCCUGACCUGACGCCUGGGCAGUGCCGCGCUUGCCUUGCCGCCACCAUUGCCGAGAUGCCGCGCGUCUUCAUCCCGAAUACGCGGGGCGCCAGGAUCACCGGCCUGCGAUGCAGCGUGCGGUAUGAGGUAUACCCGUUCUACAACGGCGCCAUCAUGCUGCAGCUGCCGGGCACCUCGGCUGGUAAGAAGAGUAAUGAAACCGGUAAAAUUCUUGCAAUUGUGCUACCUUCAGUGGCAGCUCUACUUGUGAGCAUUGUGGCGUGCUUUUGUUGCUGGAGGAGGAGGACAAAAAGUAAAAACUUACUGGCAUAUGGAUCUCAUGUGGAGGGCAUUGAUAGUAUUGAAUCACUUAUUAUUGAUCUACCAACAAUACGAACUGCCACAGAUAACUUUCACGAAAAUCGUAAGCUUGGUGAAGGAGGAUUUGGUGCAGUUUACAAGGGCUCCCUUCCUAAUGGUCAAGAUAUAGCAGUGAAACGCCUCUCUCAGAGUUCUCGGCAGGGAAUAGGGGAACUAAAAAAUGAGCUAGUCUUAAUUGCCAAUCUUCAGCAUAAAAACCUCGUGAGGCUUAUUGGCGUCUGCUUGCAGGAGGACGAGAAGCUUCUUGUCUAUGAAUGCAUGCCGAACAGAAGUCUGGACACCUUUCUUUUCGAUUCCGAGAAACGCAAAGAGUUACAUUGGGGGAAGAGAUUCACGAUAAUAAAUGGGAUUGCUCGUGGAUUGCAAUAUCUGCAUGAAGAUUCCCUGUUGAAGAUAGUUCACCGGGAUCUAAAGGCAAGUAACAUCCUCUUGGAUGCAGACAUGAAUCCAAAGAUUUCGGACUUUGGCUUGGCAAGGCUUUUUGGAGGGGAUCAAUCACAAGACACCACAAAUCGAGUUGUUGGAACAUAUGGAUACAUGGCACCAGAAUAUGCUCUACGUGGGCAGUAUUCUAUAAAGUCGGACAUAUAUAGCUUUGGUGUGUUGAUGUUGGAGAUCCUCACAGGAAGGAAAAAUAGUGACUCCUACAAUUCUGACCAAUCUGUUGAUCUGCCGAGUCUCAUAUGGGAACACUGGACAAUGAAAUCAGUUAUGGAGAUGAUGGACCCAUACAUGAGUGGCGAUUCCUCGCAGGACGAGAUUUUGAGAUGUGUUCACAUUGGACUAUCAUGCGUUCAGGAAGACCCUGCUUACAGGCCAACUAUAUCAACAAUCAAUAUCAUGCUGGAUAGCAACACGGUCCCAUCUCAACCUCCAUUGAAGCCGGCAUUCUACGUAGAGAUGGGUGGCGACAUUGUCUCAGACAUGUAUUCCCGAUCAUACCCAGGAGGUGUCAAUGAUUCAACAUCCAAGUCGAAUGCAAUGUCACCGAAUGAGAUGUCGAUAACAGAUCCAGAACCAAGAUAAGUUUCAAAAUAAUGAACAAGAACAAGUUUCCUAUUGUUGUUGUAGGGAAACAAAAAUCUUCAUCGUCUAUUGAGUUAGACAAUGGUAUUUCUGUGUAUGCAUUUGGUAUGGUUGAACUUAUUUAUGUACUUGUACAAGCCGUAAGAUGGAUCACUCUUCUCGACUGCCCAGAGGGGCAUUGUAUGGUAACAAACAUAGAGUUCAUACUGCUGGUCAGCUGUGAUAAAAAAUAAGAUAUGUAUGUCAGUGAGUUUA